AUGCCUAGCAUCAUAAUAGACGCCUCUCUCCAACUGAAGAAACACCGGGAAAGAGCUGUAACUACGCGAAAGGUGAAGACCGGGUGUAAGACUUGCAAAAUUCGCCGAGUAAAAUGCGAUGAAGGCAGACCCGCUUGCUCUCGAUGUCAAAAGACUGGCAGGGUAUGUGAUGGUUACGGUAUCUGGGGUGGCGGCGGAAACAGCUACGCUGAACGAUAUGGUUCGACAAAGUCACCCUCGCCAGCCAUCAUCAUCGACAGAGGCCUUACUCGACCCAUUGGUAUUGAGGAGCUAAGGUACUUACAAUGGUAUUGUAUGAAGGCUAGACACACGGUAUCUGGCUGGUUUGGAAAUCCAUUCUGGGCUAAGAUCGUAUUACCCGCGACUUCGACGGAGCCUGCCAUACUUCAUGCCGUUAUUGCCUUAAGCGCUGCACACCUGUGCGAAUUUCGUCACGGGAAAGCACCUAAUAUGCGGGAACGAUUCGUGCUGCAACAAUAUAGCAAGGCCAUCCAUCUACUACAGUCGGUCCUUCUUCGCUAUGACAAGGCAUCUCUCACGGUUGUGCUUAUCGUUUGCCAAAUCUUCACGUUCUUGGAUUUCCUCAGAGGAAAGCCUAACAUGGCUGUGACACAUCUGCAAAACGGACUGCGGUUGCUGAAAGAUUUACAUUCAGGAGACGAAAGCAGCAUACAUCAGAGAGUGCUCGUGCUCAGACCUUCGUCGCAGGCCAAGGUCAUUGACAGAGACAUUAUACGGAGCUUUGCCAAUGUGCACGUACAGGCAAAUCUGUUUGGUGGAAACCACUUGGAAGAGACCAAUUUAUUACUGCAACCGUUGGAAGCCGAAAUGCCGUAUCCCACGUUUUUCGAUGUUGAAGAAGCAAAAGACUGCUUAGACAAGCUGCUCCACGGCAUAUUGCUCGUCUCACGGCGGUUCCAAGAAGCUCGAGAUGGAAACGAAGGUGACUGGUCGGGGUUGAUCUUUGCUCAGGAAAAAGCAAUGCUUCUUCUCACAACCUGGCUCAAGACAUACCACCAGACUACUCCCGACAUUGAGCGUCGAAAACCUCUAAACGGAAAACUAAUACAUGACUCGUUGGCCUUUGGAGGUCAGACGUUGCCAUCACAUCGGCCACUGACUCGGGAGCCUCUGGCCUACAGGCUACUUCUCAACUACCACGCCAUGGCAACGAUCAUGUGCAAAAGUCUACAGCCAGAAUCUGAAACAAGAUACGAGGCUCACACUUCCGACUUCAUAUCGAUCCUCGAGGGGUCCGUAGAGAUGUUCAGGGGCUAUUUGCUAGCCAGAUCGAUACCCAACAACGUUUUAUUGACCGGCUCCGUUAACGAAUUUGGCUUUAUACCACCACUCUACUACACUGCCAUCAAAUGCCGCAAUCACCGCAUCCGACUGCACGCAAUCAGAUUGCUGAUGCAGAUACCACAUAAAGAAGGUGUUUGGGACUCGGUCAUUACCGUGCACGUCGCAAGAAAGGUCAUGAGGCUGGAAGAGGCAGGCAUGAACCCCAAGGUGAACGUCGAUGAUGAUGAGUUCAGCAUCCUACAGGUUCCGAACAUAGAUAGUCUUACAUCCCCCAAGUUGUCAGAGUCAAGCCUCUUUCAUGAUGUGCAAGUCGAUGUGCAGGAUGAGAAUCCGAACAGCGCCGUGCUCACUGGCAAACGAUGGCGCGCCGAUGGGAGUCUGGAUGUUGUGCGGUGUCACUUCGACGGUACGCGCUGGAGCGAUAUCAGGUGA